UGUAAUCUUAUCUCUAUCAAUCCGCAGAACAAUAUACCGAUAAUCUAGUUUAGUAGGAUGACGAUUAAAAUAAUGCAGAAUGCUGAAAUCGUUUCAGAAAAAACCAUCCAUAUGCAAGAUGUUUAUCAUUUAUUGUAUUUUUCUUGCUUUAAACGCACAGUUUUUGAACGCCCAUGAAUUCAGCUACCCCCAAGACAGGGCAGCUAACACCAAGCUGAGGAUAAUUGGGGGUAAUGAGGCAAUUCCACACUCCAUAGGGUAUCAAGUAGGAAUCAGGAUCGAACAGAGUGAAAUAACGACGUUUUGUGGUGGAUCCUUAAUAACUUCCUCCUACGUUUUAACUGCGGCACAUUGCUUGAGAGACGUCGUCUCCUUGGAAGUAAUAUUAGGCGCUCACAACAUAAGUAAGAGAGAAUGGGUCCAGGUCAGAUUAACACCCAAAAACUACACGAUACAUCCCGAAUGGGACCUAGCACAUCUCACCAACGAUAUAGCCUUGAUCAAACUUCCAAAACCGGUUAAAACAGGCCUUUUUAUCAAGACUGUAGCCCUACCAAAGGGGGACAACGAUGAUUACUCAGGAGACACAGCCCUCUUGAGCGGUUGGGGUAUGACGAAGUACAACGACACCAUACCCAGCACCCUCCAGUACGCCACUAGCACAAUCCUGAGCAACAAGGACUGCCGGAAGAUUGAACCCUUCGGAAAAGUGAUCGAAGACACCCAUUUGUGCCUUUCGAGCAGGGGGAGAAUCAGCAGUUGUGAUGGAGAUUCCGGUGGACCUCUUGUGGUCGAAGGUGUACAAGUUGGAGUCGUUUCUUUCACCAUAAAACAGUGCAAACUGACGAAACCGUCGGUGUUUACCAGGGUAUCCAAGUAUCUGGAUUGGAUCGAAGCAAACUCUGAUUGGAAUAGGAAAAAGGCUACGUCGAGAUAAAGAUUGGAAAUUAGAUGAAGAAUUUUCAUGAUUUGUUGUCAAUUAGUACAGUAUUCAACACU